ACAAGUCCAACAACCCGGUACCGGCUGUCACUACUAGUUAAAGGAGGACACACCGGUAACGGAGGGAUCGGUGUGUCCUCAGCCAAGUGUCGCAUAGCGACAGCUUGAUGUGUGUGUCGGGAGUGUGUGAGGGAGACGGAAGGUCAGUUGUUGGUAUGUUGAGAUCGGACACCCCGCACUGAGCCGCACGUACCUUUCCCUUUUUGGUAACCGGCCUGUUGGUGCUCUGCUCCGGGUCAGCAGAGAGAGAGAGCCUGCAGGAUCAAACGACCCCCUUUAACCGAGAAACUGGGUCACCAAACAACUGGCCUGUCACGGUGAAUGUGCUGUUUGAUCAUCGGCACAAGUUGAAGUCAUCGCAGAAGGACAAGGUUCGGCAGUUCAUGUCCUUCACACAGGCCGGGGAGAGGACAGCCGUGUACUGCCUGACACAGAAUGACUGGAAACUAGAAGUCGCCACAGACAACUACUUCCAGAAUCCAGACCUCUACUACAAAGAAUCCAUGAAAACCUCAGUGGACCGCAAGAAGCUGGAGCAGCUCUACAACAGAUACAAAGACCCCCAAGAUGAGAACAAGAUAGGCAUUGAUGGGAUCCAGCAGUUCUGUGAUGACCUGACGCUGGACCCAGCUAGCAUGAGCAUACUUGUGGUGGCAUGGAAGUUCAGAGCGGCCACGCAGUGCGAGUUCAGCAGGAAAGAGUUCCUGGAUGGCAUGUCUGAGCUAGGCUGUGACAGUCCUGAAAAACUCAAGGCGAUCCUUCCCAGACUAGAGCAGGAGCUGAAAGACACAGGGAAGUUCAAAGACUUCUACCAGUUUACCUUCAAUUUUGCCAAGAACCCUGGCCAGAAAGGUUUAGACCUGGAGAUGGCUGUUGCUUACUGGAAUCUAGUUCUCACAGGUCGCUUCAAGUUUUUGGAUCUCUGGAACCGAUUCCUGCUGGAGCAUCACAAGCGCUCAAUUCCCAAGGACACGUGGAACCUCCUUCUGGAUUUCGGCAAUAUGAUCGCAGAUGACAUGUCAAACUAUGAUGAGGAAGGGGCAUGGCCCGUCCUCAUAGAUGACUUUGUGGAGUUCGCUCGGCCGAUUGUGACGAGUAAGCGCAACAUGACAUAGUGUUUGUCUCGGCUUCAUGCAGCAAAUGGAGUUUGUGUUUCUCCCAAUUUUCUUCUUUUUUUGAAUGAGGAUUUUUAUACAAAUGAGCCAAAAAGAGAGUACUUCUCAAUAAGCCUGUCUGCAGCUUGUCGUUACGAUUGAUCUUUCAGCUGCAUAAGAUGCCUUGACUGGGUAGUGACCUGGAACACCAGUACAGAGAGGAAAAGCAGGAGGGGAAUCAACGGGAGAGACAUUGUGUUUUUUUUGUUGUUUUUUUUUGGCAAGGACAGACUUUGUAAUUGCAAUAUGGAAACGAUGGGUGCCCUAAAACUCGUCACUCAUGGGCAAAUCCCCAAUGGUUGUGGCUUCGAACUGCUGCUGCGGACUCGGCUCACUAGCCUGCACCCUCGGCACAGUGAGGAGGGACAGUGACGGUGAACUUUCAGCACACGCAGAGGAUUAAGUUAUAGAUGCAGUAGGAUGUGGCCUCUUACUUUGUCAAUUGUGAAUGGAACAGUAUGUUAAAAAUCUGCAUGUUUUUGUCAGUCAGUGUGAAGCAGUGCCAUGAAUGGAUGUUGAGGAGGGGGAUAAAAGUACUCUAUAUGAUUUUCACUGAGAUUGUGAAUGUGUAGCUCUCAAAUAAUCACACUGAGAGCAGAGAGAAAGUGUGCUAGCUCAUCAAUGUAUGUUUGUAAGUGUGUGUGUGUGUGUGUGUGUGUGUGUUUUGGGGUGGGGUUAAACAUAUUGCCUCUUUUACGAUACAAUGCUAAAUAUUUUCAUUUGGUUUUAUUAUAAUUAGAAGUUAAGAAAUUAUGAUUCACCUUAACUGAGCGACAGUGGAAAAUCCACAUUUUGUAUUGACACUGAGAAUUGGACAGAGCAGCAUGCUUUUCAAGCUCAGCACCAGCAGAAUCACUAUUGUUACAGUUGUAAAAUGCUGUACCCAUAGGAAUAACAAUAGGAACAAAAAUGUAUACCUGAGAAAACAGGUAAUGACAUGUAUAAUCAUGAUGAGUACAUAAGAAGCAUUUAGGAUCUUUUAAAAUGCUUCUGCAUUACAUAUUUGGUUGACUUUAGUUUUGCAGUGUGUGAACUGCUGUACACAAAGAGAAACUGACUGACUGACUGACGGGCACAUCGACUGUUUUCUAUUAUCCAGGUGAUUUGCCAACUCUGCAAACUGCACUGAUUUACACUUUUUCUGUUGUUGUAGGUUUUCUUUAUCAGGCAACACUGUAUACAGCUACAGAGCUACUCAGUUUACUUAUAUACUAGACUUUUUAAAAUUAACAUCUACAUCACAGCUAGGAGUAUUUUAACUUUUUGUUUACACUGUUUUGAGGUUUUAGUCUGUUGCUUUUCAUCAAUUAGUGACUAGUACAAUGGUGUCAUGUUUAAGUACCAUAAAACAUGUCACUUUGAGAACAAUGCUUGUGCUGCCAUCUAGCGGUGCAGUGCUUUUCCUUCAUACAAGAUUUAGUGUUGCUCUUCAAGUGUUAUCAUAAACACUAAAUGCAUCUCGGCUAAAGAGUGUGACAGAAGGUAGAGCUCAGGUACUAGUCGUCCUCUCCCAGUCACAGUGAGCAUCAGUGUUUGCCAUCUAACUAUCUUGUUCUGCCAAUUGUUGUCUCCAUGAUAACACUUUUGCCAUGUGUUGAAAUACGGAUGGAUUAUUUCCCCGCAUCAAAUUUCUCAUCCAACUACAGGGGGAAAAAUUGCCUUGUGUUUAAGUUCUCAUAUUUAUGUAAACAAAGGUCAGUCAUAAACUAUGGUGGUGUGCAUGAAGUUAAGAAGCUGAGGUGGAUCAGGAUGGGAAUCUGUUAUGAUUUCAGUCCCAGAUUGAAUGCAGAUGAGUGGCAAAGAAACCAGCUUCAUCAUGACUGUAAAACAGUCCUUGUUGUAGCAGCUGGUAAAUGUGUCACACUGUCCAUCUUUGUAAAAGUUAGAUAUGUGUUGGUGGAAUGAAAUAUCCCAUAAAACUUUCUGAGUGUCGAGAGUUGUGCACAAACCUAUCACGGUCAAGACAGCACGCCGGUGUGAAAGCUUUUCCCAGUUGAUUGUUGUUGACUUUAUUAUCUGACAUCGUCUGUGGUUCAGUUUGCUAACAUGGUACAUUUGGUACGUUUUUUUAUUUGUCAAAUGUGUGUUUUGACUGUUUCAAGUCAUGCAAAUCAUUCUUAUCAAAACAGUAUUAUUUUCGCCGGCAAGAAAACAGGUAUUUAAAGAAUGUUAUGUUUUGUCACAGAAGCAUACGGUACAUUGUUUUCUUUAAGAAAGUUGUCAAUAAAGCAUGUUGUUUUUAACAGCCUGGUAAAAAGAUGUACCUCUGUCGGUACACCAGUUAGUUCUGACAACGAGUGUUUGUUUCGUUGUCAGAAACGAAGAUAUUGAAUGCUGGUCAGCAGGUUUGUGUUGUGCUGAAAUCAGUAUCCCGAUAUUAAUAUUUUUCUGAAAUCAAUAUGAAUCGCAACUUGUCAAAUGUGUAAAAGCAAAAUUGCAGCUAAAAUACACAACUUGAUCCUCA